AUGAGGUCGACUCCUGUUCCCUCGCGAGAUGUGUUGAGAUACCUACGAUCCCAGUCUGACAUCCUCUUUCCCGCGACAUCGAAUCCGUCCGUCCGUACGAACCGAUCAGAGCAACCACUCUGCGCCCGGCGUAUCCGUCGUGAAUACAGUACGACCACUUCAAGAUGUGCAAAUCGCCAGAACACGCUCAUCGAUGACCUGUGGCCACGACACCGAGAUGUUUGCAAAGCCCUCCCUCCUCCUCGCACCCCUCCACAACCACCGCAUACCCGACACGCCUCUAAUUCCGCACAUCCUGGCUGGCUGCGGCGCAUGUUCCAAGGCCGCCAGCGCGCCGAGAAGUCAAGGAACAACACCCCCCAACAUGGUGUCCCAUUCGAAAACCAGACGUAUGAGGAUACCUCGGCGCAACUCUUCAAUCUAUCCCGAGCCCUAUCGCGCAAUCCCUCAGGCGCAGACCUCAAGCUCCGCUGUACAGAAUUCGAUGCCAACGGCUCCGUUACGCUCGUAGCUGGAGAGUUCAAGAAGUCAGAACUCAUCGCCAAAUACGGUCUUCUUCCUCGCGACUUGCGCAAAAUCGACUCCUCCGUCCUUCCACAUAUCCUGGUUCGCCCCUCCGCCAUCCUCAUCAAUCUUCUACACCUGCGUGUGUUGAUUCAGUCAGACCGCGUCCUGGUGUUCGACGCAUAUGGCUCUACUGACUCAUACACGCAAUCCCUUUUCAUGUAUGAUCUCGAAGGCAAACUCCGGCAGAAAGCCGACCCCCGCUCCCCAUCCAGCUCUACAAGCUAUCUGCCUUACGAGUUCCGCGCCCUGGAAGCCGUCCUCAUCUCCGUGACAGGCGGACUCGAGGCCGAAUUCACCUUGGUUCGCGAUCCUGUGACUCACAUCCUUCGGGCUCUGGAAGAGGACAUCGACCGUGAAAAGCUCCGACAUCUCCUCAUCCACUCCAAGAAACUAGGAACCUUCGAGCAAAAGGCCCGCCUGGUCCGCGACGCUAUCGACGAUCUCCUCAAUGCCGACGAUGACCUUGCCGCCAUGUACCUGUCGGAGCGCUCCAAAAGCGGCACAUCACGGCCCGAGAACGACCACCAAGAAGUCGAAAUGCUGCUCGAGUCCUACCACAAGAUCUGCGACGAAAUCGUCGAGAUCUCCGGCAAUCUGAUCUCCAACAUCCGCAACACCGAGGAGGUGGUCAAAGCCAUCCUGGACGCCAACCGCAACCAGCUGAUGCUACUGGAAAUCAAGUUCAGCGUCGGCACGCUGGGCCUCGCGGGCGGCACCCUCAUCGCCGGCCUCUACGGCAUGAACCUCAACAACUUCAUCGAAGAGACCGACUGGGGCUUCGGCGCCGUCAGCGUCGUCUGCUUCGGCCUCAGCGCCAUCAUCUCCAUCUACGGCAUGCGCAAGCUGCGCAAAGUCCAGAAGGUCCGCAUGUGGGGCGAGGGCAUCGACGGCCACAACGGCGACGGCCGACGCGGCGGCGCUGCCGGCUACCUCCGCAGCGGUGGCGGGCACAGCGGCGGCGGCGCAAGCAACGGCGUCCGCGCCUGGAGCCGCGGCAACUGGCGCAGCGAGGCCAUGGAGAGCGCCGAGAUGCGCAGCGCCCGCGCCAGCGCCGAACGCGUCCUGUGGCCCGGCAUGGACGGGCUGGGCAUGCAUCGUCUGCCGGAGGCCGAGCAGGGCGCUGCUGCUAGUAGUAAGCUGGGCGAGGAAACCCCUCCCACUGUCACCAUCAAGGACGACCUGGCGACCGAUGUGCGCAAGGAGGACAAGAAGGUCGUCAAGGUGGCGGCGGGGAGGAAAAAGUAA